GCGUCUGGAUUUGUACGCGAUCAUUGUUAGGUAAUCAAAAAGUGGUUCGAUUUUUCUUCAAGUCGACUUUAUAACUACAACCAGAGACUCUAAGGUGCCUCCAGACAUCUGACUAUGGGCGACAGCGACGGUCUUCGUCAAAGGAAAACUAAUGGAAAACUUAAUAUCAUCACUAUCUCGGAGGAAGGCAAAAAAUUGGACCAAAAACUUGACCAGCAUGAAUCAUAUGAAUUUGGUGGUCCAUUUGGUGUGCUAGCAAUUAUGACUGGAUUCCCACUCCUCAUGUACUACUUGUGGAUAUGUCUUUGGUUUUAUGACGGCCAAUUGGUGCAUCCCACUUCUGUGGAAGAUAUUCAACCAUUCCUGGGAAGAAUGUGGGCCCAUGUACGAGAGGAUGCUAGUCCGAAUUUAUACGCCUGGAAAGUUUACUCCGGCAACAUUUUCUUCCAACUAUUCCUCGCUUGGGUUUUGCCUGGAUUCAUGCAGGAGGGACUACCAGUCCCGUCCUUGGGCUACAAGACUCUCAUGUACAAUUGCAAUGCUCUCGUUUCUCUAUAUGCCACCAUGGGUACUGCCGCGGUGCUUCACUAUUAUGAGAUCUUCCGUCUCACUGAAAUAAUUGACAAUUAUGGCCAUUUAAUGUCUGUCGCGAUGAUAUGGGGCUUUGGUGUCUCUUUCGGCAUGUAUUUCAUCGCAAUUGCUACUGGAACGCAAAUGCGUAUGUCUGGCAAUUUCAUCUACGAUGUUUUCAUGGGUGCUUCAUUGAACCCAAGAAUUGGGCCUGUGGAUUUAAAGAUGUGGGCCGAAGUCCGCAUUCCUUGGGUUAUUGUGUUCUUCCUUGCAGUUUCAGGAGCUUGCAAGCAAUAUGAGACAUUAGGAUAUGUUACACCGAAUAUGGCGUUCAUGUGUUUGGCUACAUGGUUUUACAUAAAUGCAUGCGCGAAGGGAGAAGAAUGUAUUCCACAAACUUGGGACAUGUAUCAUGAAAAAUGGGGUUUUAUGGUCAUCUUUUGGAAUUUCGCUGGCGUGCCAUUCUCCUACGUCUACUCUGUGGUCUAUAUGGCAUCGCACGAUCCUUCCAAGUACAAAUUUUCAACUCCCACAUAUGUCAUCUUGUACACCACUUUGUGCACCGCAUAUUACAUCUGGGAUACCGCUAUGGCUCAAAAAAGUCAUUUCAAAAUGCAGACUCAGGGUGUCUACACGUUCCGGAAAACAUUCCCUCAGCUUCCUGGUAACACGGUCAAGAACCCUACUUACGUUCAAACUGCACAUGGAAACCGACUUUUGACAAGUGGAUGGUGGGGAUGGUCGCGCAAACCUAACUAUGUCGCGGACUGGAUUAUGAGUUUAACUUGGGGUCUCGUUAUCGGUGCUGCAACACCUAUACCCUACUUUUAUUCCGUUUUCUUCAUCACUGUCCUAGUGCAUAGAUGCGGUCGUGAUUUCGAACGUUGUGCUGUCAAGUAUGGCAAAGAUUGGGAACGUUACUGCAAGGUUGUCCCUUACAAGUUUAUACCCUAUAUUUAUUAGACACAAUCUA